UGCAGCUGUCAGUUUGGAUGUAAAAUUUAUGAAUUUGUAUGCAAUCUGGUAAAUACAUAUUGAUAUUAUGUUUUUCGGUUCAUCGUAGUUCAAUAUAUUAUGAAUCAAAAUUCAUAGUUGCGGUUAUUUUAUUUUUGGUUGAAAUGCAACUGCAUAUCCAUGACAGACUUUUUUUCAUACAGUCAAAAUGAGGCAUACGCUGAAAAGGAUGGAAAUUCAGAUCUUUGUUGCUGUGAGUAUAUAGAUCGGGAAAACCAUCGUUUUCACAUCAUCGCCUGCUGUUGCAACUGUGAAGGUUUUGACAAGACUUUUACUGACUGGAUAACUUGUCGCCCCGUCAACCAGUCCUACCAACGCAAUAUGUUGUUAACAUUUCAAGACAGACUACGUAUUCCAUGGCGUGGCGGAGCUAAACAAGUGACAUUUGGUAGUAUUAUUCCCAUAUUUGCUAUACCGCUUUUGAUCAGCUUAGCGGCAAUCAAUGCAUGUACCUGCAUUGUAAUAUUUUUGGCAUGCACUAUAAUAAUGUGUUAUGUGUACUACUACGCGCAGCGUAAUUCAUUGCGAACCCGCUUUUUCAGCAUAUGGGUUGUUUCCUCAUUGGUCUGCUUGACACUGUUAUUUGAAUUAACUGUUCCGCUAUUGGAGGUACUCCCAGAGGAGAAUUGGGCUCUGGCCGCUCUUUCUCUUGCCUCAUUGAUUUGCUUUCAUCAGACUUAUAGACGCGCUAUAUUAAAUCAUGUCGAUCAGAAUGGAGGCACUAAUAGUGGAUUGCUCGACGUGACGGAUGCAAACAUGAGUGAGGAAGAAGAGAUAGUACAAACUGCUUUGUUAUUGGAACAUGACUUGGAGGUUAAUAGUAAUCAAAGAAAUAUCUGUUCAAUCUGUGGUAAAUGUGUGCCAUCACGCACUGCACAUUGUUCAGUUUGCAAUGCUUGUAUUAAACGACAUGAUCAUCACAGCUAUUGGUUAGAUUGCUGUAUAGGUGAAUCGAACCACCGUUUCUAUGUUUUUGGAUUGGUGUUUGGCAUUUUGGCUCUAACAUUGGGAGCCGAUUUGACACUAACAGCGGUUUGUCAUCCAUUUUUAGUAGCAAAUGUAUUAGGUCUGCAAAUAUUAUUACCGGAUGAUUGCUCUGAAGUUUUUGACAUGUAUGAGUUGGGUUUAGCUUUUGUGAUUGCUGUCUAUGCCUUACUAAUAGCGGCAUACAGCACGGUUAUACUUGUACGGCAAAUAUAUUUCAUAUCGCGUGGAGUAACAUUAAAUGAAUGUAAGAGAGGGCUGCAUGGAAAUAAUAAGACUCUAAAAUACAACUGGAAAAACUUUAUAUUUUAGAAAGCAAGUACAUAUACCUAAGAGAUUAAAAACAUUUAGCCAGCUUGCUACGCUUCUAGAAAAAGGCACUAUAGAAAUGUUUACUUAAAAUUAAAAAUAUUAAUAACGGAAUAAAUUAUUUAUUUGUCUCAAUUGAAACGCUUUGAACAGAUUAUUGCUUACAAAAUAAUAUAUAGCAAAAAUGUGAACAUCGUGAGUAAUCUGGACGAAGGCAUUAAUGAUUCAAAAUUUGUAUUAUCGGUAAAGAAUGGCAGGUUUCCAAAUCGUCAACUGCUCUGCAUACGCGAAAAAUCUAAAGUUCAAUAAAGUCGAACUGCAAAAUGUUGAAAACACAUUA